UAGCAAUCGUCUCGUGUGAGGAUUCAGAGCCUUCUUUCCGCUGCAGACUGUCCUGACAACCGCUAGCUGCACUUGCUCAAGGUCAACAGCAUCUGUGAAUGUUGUGUUGUAGUAUUUGUGGUCUGUAACGUACCAUUUCGUUUCCUCGCUAUUGUUGUCGCUCAUUGUGUAGCGAAGUGGUCGUUACAACUUGUGCAAUCUAGUGUCUGACAAGGUGAACCCUGGGAGAGUGCUUACAGUUGUGGCCGGUUUGCAUCACUGCAGCGAAACCCUCUACCAGGUCUGUCUAUUGGGGACUUUCGUGUUCUUCCUUGUUUGCCAUAACUCGUCUGUAAUCUAGUAAACCCUUGCAGGACUCCCUGGUCAUCUUCAGUGAACGUGUUGCACACGGCGUCCUUCUAGAAACGACGCUUGGUCCGUGCUCGAACGUAGAGCAACUGCCGUGAUAUGCAAUCUGGAAACCUCACUUGAAGGUGGAAAGGUAACUCGUGUAGCCGCUUUGGAAAUCGGAGAUACGAGAAUUGUCCCAGCUGAGGAGAUUUUGUUAGCAGUAGAGAACCAAUGAUUCAAAGAUCUCCCACAAUCCGUCUCCAUGAGGUCUAGGUAGACGCCACACUCGAAGUGGAAGUUUUUUCAGUCUUGCCGUGUACUUGAACUACUCCUACCUUCGAACUUCUUAUGUAAAAUCUCCCUGAUAGAGAUCCCACGCACAGGUCCUUGUCCAGAACGGAACUAUCCAAGCUCGUAUUCCGUACCCUCAAAGUUGUUGCAAUGCUAAAACUGCCAAUUCUAUAGCCAAAGAUGUCAGUCGACCCUCCAAACUACUAGUCACAAUAUCUGUCCAUUUACCAAACAAUCCUCCAGAAGGCAUGAUCAGUAUCCAACACAGUAAGUUCUCUUGCGAUUGGUCGUUUCAUUGAUCACAGAGGCUCAAAUUGUUCUCCUCCAGCGGUUUCACCGAUUGGAAAUGAUGGCAAACCGCACGACUGUCGAUGAUUACAACUGCACGCCCCGACAGUCGACGAUGGGCUUGAACAAGAACUCGCAUGGCAUUGGGAAACCUGCCUAUUGUGGGGGAUCUUCUGCUCCAACGGGAAGACACUGGCACCCUGCCCCGCAACCACCGCAUAUUCGAGUGAUCCACAUUUUUGCUCCCAAAGUGAUCCAAACAGACGUGGCCAACUUCAAGUCCACGGUGCAGAAGCUGACAGGGAAGUCGCGCAAGAAAUCUGGUCGACGAUCCCAAUCCAAGCAACCAAAUGACUCUGUUGUUGCAAAUCCGAGUACAGCGGUGGCUGGUAACUCUAUACAUCAAGAUGCAGGGAGCUUCAUGGACCAGCUGAAUGCCCAUGAGAUGCGGCGUUUUUAUGGUUCCGGCGCCGACCCUCUUGUGCGAAGCAACAACGAGGACUCUACAACGUAUAGCUUGGACAGCUGCAACACCUUCAGUAUCGACAGCGGAAACACGGUUAGUAACAUCGACGCAGGCGACUUUCCGAGCCCAACUGACGGCAGCGUUAGUAACUGCACCUUUCAACCGCGCGAGACACCGUAUGCUUUGAGCGAGAUCCUCGCACCUUUCUUCGGUGCCGACAUGAUCAGCCACCCAAGCUUCAACGAUCCAUCUCCCAUGCUCUCGCACCACGGCCUUGACUCAGCGUGGGUUCCCGAAACCAGCACUUCCCAUGUGCCGCCAAUGAUGGACACCACCAUGUCUUCCAUGUUGGGAAUCGAUAUGGACAUUGGUUCCGAUCCUCUGCCUGAGCACCCCUUUGCCUCGCUUACAAGCUCAUUGUCGGGAGGGUUGUAUGAUAUGAUGCCGGGUCAGCAUUGCAGAUUGAGCGUGCACAGACCAUUACAAGGCUCCAUUUUCGAGUCCAUUUGAUUAAAUCCUGAUUGACAGGAGAAUUUUGGCGCAUGAUAAACUGAAGAGGUCAUCGACGACGCGUCACUCACGUGUGGCAGCUGCAGAUGAGGAUCGGCACCCAUGCAGCGAUCUGUCAAGAAUAUAAGCAGGACUUGUUCAGGUGUGAUCGACGCUGGUUGAAUGGACUGGUUGCUGUGUGUAGACUUCAUGUAACUCAAUACACUCGUACAAUGUACAGCAUUGAGAACUAGACUUGUUCAAUUCCUUUUAGAUACCCCUUGCACAGCUACUCUAGUUUGCCUUGGCAUCUUUUCAGAUCCAACCUCAAAUCCCAUGACGUUGAAGUUCCAACUUGUAUUUUAAGCUUGUUGAACUGCGUCAGAACUAGGCAGGCUAACACAUAGUUCGCAGUUGAUUGGUUAGGUUGCAAGUGAAUAGUCAUUCAGAUUGUAAAUAGUAUUCGGUUCACUUCGGGAUGGAGUCCUUACGGUCCUGUGGGUAGCGGUUUUCAUCGCUUGAGUUAUUGCCCCAGGCCUCAGAUUACUAUAAGCCUGGAGGAUGAAUAAGGCACUGAUUAAUUCCAAAAAAACAGGUGCUAAAUUAAGUUAGCAAUUUUUUUUUGCA